UCGGGCCCGGGGGAGAGGUUGUUUUGGGCCUGGGGAGGAGGAAGGUUUCGGACUCGGGGUGUGGGGGAGGCCUGGCUGGCAGGAGGCGGCGCUGCCCCCCCACCGUGUUUUCCCCGCAGUGCCUGGGAGUGGGAGGUGGAGCCGGGGCCGCCCCCGCGGGCAGGUGCUGCAUGGCGGCUGGGGCCGGGGCGCUCGCAGCCAUCCGCGGCACCCCCCCGGCCUCGCUGCAGGACCUCCCUUGCCCCCCCCAGAACAGCCCCCGGGCGGCGCGGGGCUCGCCCCCCGGGGGGGUCCCUCCGGCCGUUGAUUUGGUGCUGGGAGCCGCGGCCGGGUGCUUGGCCUGCGUCCUCACCAACCCGCUGGAGGUGGUCAAAACCCGGCUGCAGCUGCAGGGCGAGUUGCAGCCCCCCGGCACCUACCCGCGGCCCUACCGGGGGGUCCUGCGGGCCGUGGGGGCUGUGUACCGUGCGGACGGGCUGCGGGGGCUGCAGAAGGGGCUGGCCGCCGGGCUCCUCUACCAGGGCUUGAUGAACGGCGUCCGCUUCUAUUGCUACUCGCUGGCCGAGGACGCCGGCUGGACUCGCUAUCCCGGGGGGACCGUGGCCGCCGGGGCCGUGGCCGGGGCCGUGGGAGCCGUCGUGGGCAGCCCCGCGUACCUGGUCAAGACCCACCUCCAAGCCCAGACACUGUCAGCACUGGCUGUGGGUCACCAGCACAACCAUGAGAACAUCUCCGCAGCUUUCAAGAGCAUCUACAAGCAGCACGGCGUGGCCGGGCUGUGGCGGGGGGUGUCGGGGGCCGUGCCCCGCGUGGCCGUGGGCUCGGCCGCCCAGCUCGCCACCUUCACCUCGGCCAAGGACUGGGUCUGCGAGCACCAGUGGUUCCGGGAGGGCAGCUGGGCCGCGGUGCUGGCGGGGGGCAUGGUGAGCGGCGUGGCCGUGGCGGUGGCCAUGACGCCCUUCGACGUGAUCAGCACUCGUCUGUACAACCAGCCCGUGGAGGCCGACGGCACGGUAAGGCCGUUUGGGGCACCGGGAGGGGCGGGGGGCGCGGAGCGGCUCUGCGCGGGGCUGCAUCCGGCAGGGGUGCGCAGCCGGCUCCUCUCUCCCCAGGGCAAGCUCUACCGCGGGUUUUUGGAUUGCAUCCUGCAAAUCUCCAGCAAAGAGGGGUUGCUGGGCUUGUACAAGGGCAUCGGCGCCGUCUACCUCCGUCUCGGCCCCCACACCGUCCUCAGCCUCUUCUUUUGGGACGAGCUCAGGAAGAUGGUGCAGCACCGGCAGCCCCCGGGGCCGUAGGACGAGCUCCCGGCCCCGCCGUGGCCGUCAAUAAAGAGCUCCACCAGGUGCAUCCCAUCACCGCAUCACUCUCCCCGCCCUCAUCUUCCCCUCCGUGGAGCAGCUGGAGCCCAGGGCCGGAGGAGUUGAGCUCCAG